UUUAAAAACUAUUUACCUAUAAUUGUAUAUAUUAAAUUAUCUAUAGAUGAGUUGUAGAUAUAUAAAAUAUUACUACAUUUGUUUUAAAUGCUUCAGACACCCUUUUAGACACAAUGGUUUUUCCCAUCAUGGCCACUUUUUACUGACGACAUCAUGAGUGAGUUGAAGGACUGUCCCCCACUUAAAUAUUACGACUUUAAACCCGUGGAGCAUGUGAAGCUGUGUCCCCGCUACACGGCUGUUUUGGGCCGUUCGGAGGAUGAUGGCAUCGGCAUCGAGGAGCUCGAUACCCUGCAGCUGGAGCUGGAGACCCUGCUGUCCUCCGCUAGCCGCCGCCUCCGGGCCCUGGAGGAGCAGAGACAGAUCCUCACAGACUGGCAGGACAAGAAGGGAGACAAACGUUUUCUGAAGCUGAGCAAGGACCCGGAUCCUGCAGCCCCAGUCCGUCAUAAACCUAAGAAGCCAAAGCUGGAAGGGAAGGGAGCGCACGGACCAGGCCCAGGCCCCGGCAGACCCAAAUCUAAAAACCUGCAACCAAAAGUUCAAGAAUAUGAAUUUACAGAUGAUCCACAAGAUAUCCCUCGUACUCCAAAAAAUGAUGCCCCAAACAGGUUCUGGGCAUCAGUUGAACCAUAUUGUGCAGAUAUAACCAAUGAAGAGAUCAGACUGCUGGAGGACCUUCUGAAACCUCCAGACGACGAGGCCGAGUAUUUUAAAAUUCCAGCACUGGGGAAACACUAUUCACAGCGGUGGGCUCAAGAGGACCUGCUGGAGGAGCAGAGAGAAGGGGCGCGAGCCAAUGACAAGAAGAAGAGCAUGAUGGGAGGACCACUGUCAGAACUGGACGCAAAAGAUGUUGACUCACUGCUGAAGAAAUCUGAAUCCCAACAUGAAUCACCAGAGGACGGUUGUCCCUUUGGGCCUCUUACUCAGCGUUUGCUUCAGGCACUUGUAGAGGAGAACAUUAUAUCCCCCAUGGAGGAUUCUCCGAUACCAGACAUUUCAGGAAAGGAUACCAAUGAUGGCGCUGGGACUUCACCUCGGAGUCAAGGAAAAACGUUUAGUGUUCCUCACACACGUUCCCUGGAGACGCGGAUUAAGGAGGAGCUGAUAGCCCAGGGGCUGCUGGACUCCGAUGAGCGGCCUGGACAAGGAGGAGACUCUGAGGACGAGGUCCUCGCUGAGCUGCAGAAGAGACAAGCAGAACUGAAAGCCCUCAUUGCCCACAACAGAGCCAGGAAACAGGAGCUGCUGCGGCUGGCAAAAGAAGAGAUGCGAAAGCAGGAACUGCGGCAGAGGGUGAGGGUGGCUGACAACGAGGUGAUGGAGGGAUUCCGUCGGAUCAUGGCGGCCAGGCAGAAGAAACGCACUCCAACCAAGAAGGAGAAAGACCAGGCGUGGAAAGCUCUGAAGGAGAGAGAAAGCAUUCUAAAGUUAUUAGACGGAUAAAGGAAGAAAUGUACUUUUUGGUUUUGUUCUUUAACUCUCAGCUCUCAGCCUGUCCUUACUGACUCUGGAGUAUUCAUUUAUGUGGGGUAGUUCUUUUAUCUUGUAUCAUCAGGAAGUCCAUUUGAUACUCAGCCAUUUUUUUGUAAAGUAUUGCUUGGAAUUGUUUUUCUGUGUUGCCAUUUUUCUAACAAUUGUCAUGACAAAAAUACACAACUACUGGGUAUGAGCCAACCGCUUAUUGUGUUUUGAUAACUACUGUAUAGAGAAGUCUGAGGAAAAAGGCAUGUUCUGUAGUCUCUUCCUCCGGGUACACAACAUCAAGCUGAAUAGCACAAACUAUUUCCCCUUGUCUGUUAAUAAAGAUCCGACUUGUGCAGUUGUUUGUUA